CCGUCUCUCAAAGAAAAGUCCAACCAUGGAACAGCCUAGGAGCCGCGCGGACCCCCCGUCUCAGUAAUGGUACGAUCCUAAGGGAAGCGAGCGCAAGCAAACAAGCUAACGGAGCCCAGCAACUCGUUUCCAAUGGUUACAGCUUAGCCGAGUCGCAGCAAUGCAUUGUGGGCAAUGUAGUUUCUACAUUGGCACAUGAAAGGCUCUGACCCGACAUUUUCACUCCAGCAGUGUGGACUUCACUGGACCACAUGUGAAGAUGUCCCUUGUUAAAGAGGAGUGUGAGGAUGUCAGUGUGAUGGAGGCAUCUGGACUGAAGACAGAAGACAAGGAGAUGAAGGAGGAACCAUUAUUUAAAGACACCGAAGAGGAAUGUAAACCAGAUGUGAAGCCAUUUCCAGAAGAAUUUAGCGCACAGAUAUCGGACCUGAACACUGAGCAGGAAACAAGCUUCAGUGUUGCUGAUGCCUCCCACCUGAAAGAGCACCAGCAGCAGUUGGACAUACAUAAAGAACAGAGACCUUAUCAGUGCUCUCACUGCGAGCUGAGGUUCCAGUACAUGUCAACUCUAAGGCGGCAUGAAAAGACUCACGCUAGAAAAAAGGCUUCCACCUGCUGUGAGUGUGGGAAGAGCUUCUCCUCUGCGAGAUCUCUCAGAUUUCACAUGGACAUGCAUGCAGGAAAAGAGCAUCAUCAGUGCUCGCAGUGUGGUUGUCUUUUCAGCAGUUCACCACAGUUAAGACAGCACAAAAAGACUCACACACAAAAGCCUUUCACCUGCUCUGAGUGCGGAAAAGGGUUCUCAGAUUCAGGCUGCCUUAAAACCCACAUGAGGACUCAUACUGGAGAAAAGCCUUUCAUCUGCGCUCACUGCGGGACAGGGUUCACCACUUUAGGUGCACUGAAAAGCCACCUGUACCUUCAUACAGGAAUCAAACCUUACAAGUGCCCCAUAUGUAGAAAGACGUUCACACAACUUUCAUGGUUAAAUGCACACCAAAGGAUUCACAUUGGGAAAGACACUUUUACCUGUUCUCAUUGUGGAAAGACCUUCAGGAGGAAGAUCAGCUGUGAAAUCCACAUGAAGGUUCAUAGCAGAGAGAAGUGUGUAACCUGCUCUGAGUGUGGAAAAGGUUUUACAAGAUCACGAUAUCUUAAAAUCCACGUCAUGACGCAUACUGGGCAAAAGCCGUUUUCCUGCUCCGAGUGUGGAAAAAGCUUUUCUGACUCAAGAAACCUUAAAAACCAUCUGAUGAUUCAUACCGGAAAAAAGCCCUUUACCUGCUCGGAGUGCGGAAAAGGUUUCUCCUAUUCACGAACCCUCAAAAAACACAUGUUGAUUCAUACCGGAGAGAAGCCCUUCACCUGCACUCAUUGUGGAAAAGGUUUUUCAGUGUCCGGCAGCCUUAAAGCCCACAUAAUGAUUCAUACUGGAGAAAAACCUUUUACCUGCUCAGAGUGCGGGAAAGGUUUUGCAAAAUCAUGCCACCUUAGAAGACACGUAAUGAUUCACACCGGAGAAAAAAGGUUUACCUGCUCUGAGUGCGGAAAAGGUUUUACUGAAUCAGGCAGCCUUAAAGUUCACAUGAUGUUGCACACUGGGGAAAAGCCAUUUACCUGCCUUCUGUGUGGAAAGGGGUUUUUGACGUCAUCCUGCAUGAAAAACCACUUGAUGAUUCAUACUGGAGAAAAGCCUUUUACCUGCUCGGUGUGUGGAAAAGGUUUUUCAAAGUCAUGCCAUCUCAAAAGCCAUGCAGUGAUUCAUACUGGAGAAAGGCCGUUCACCUGCUCUCAGUGCGGCAAAAGUUUUGCGAGAUCCAGCAACCUUCAGUCCCACACGAUGAUUCAUACUGGAGAAAAGCCUUUUGUGUGCACUCAGUGUGGGAAGGGUUUCUUUAGGUUGCAUGACCAUAAACGUCACAUGAUGAUUCAUACUGGAGAAAAGCCUUUCACUUGCUCCGAGUGCGGAAAAGGUUUUGCAGAAUAUGGCAACCUUAAAACUCACACGAUGAUUCAUACCGGAGAAAAGCCUUUUAGCUGCGCUCAGUGUGGGUCCAGUUACACGACAGCAGCUGCUCUGAGAAAACAUGUGUCCAAACAUGCAAAAACCCAAGCAGAAUCAGGGCUCUGUGUUCCUGGAAAUAGACCUAUGAGUGUGUCAGAGCAGGAAACUCACCAAACUGUGCAAGAAUCUGGCUCUGCACCACCAGAGUUCCCCUCCCUUGACCUAAAGCGUGAACAUGAUGUCAAAGAAUAUGCGAUAGACAGUAGGAUUAGCCCCACCCCAGGUUCAGCGAUGGUAUGCUCCAAAGGCGAAGCUGCUCCUCCAUUCGCCGAGAAGCCGUCGAGAAGAGAAACAUUACAAGAGGAGAUCAAGGAGGAGCAUAAACCGGAAAUAAAGCCAUUUCAUGAAGAACAUGCUGCUCAGAAAUCUGACCUAAACGCUGAGUGGGUACAGAGCGUCAGAGAUGCUGAUACCUCCAACCUGAAAGAUGACCAAGAUCCCAGAGAUGAGAGUAAACAAGGAAAACCUCAUCGGUGCUCCAUGUGUGAUCUUGGUUUCAGAAGUUUGGCCCAGUUAAGACGUCAUGAAAAGACUCACAGAGAAAAGCCUUUCACCUGCUCAGAGUGCGGAAACAGCUUUUCAAGUUCAACCUGUCUUAAAACCCACAAGAUGAUUCACACCGGAGAAAAGCCUUUUAGCUGCUCGGUGUGCGGAAAGGGUUUCACGAGAUCAAGCCAGUAUAAAGUCCACAUGAGGAUUCAUACUGGAGAAAGGCCAUUCACCUGCUCUGAGUGCGGGAAAGGUUGUUCAAGCUCCAAAUACCUUAAAAAGCACAUGAUGGUUCACACUGGAGAAAAGCCAUAUCUCUGCUCCGAGUGUGGAAAGCGGUUUUCGAAGGUAAGCAACCUUAAAAUCCACGUGAGGACUCAUACUGGGGAGAAGCCUUUUACCUGCACUCAGUGUGGAAAAGGUUUCUCAGUGCUGAACCUCCUGAAAACGCACAUAAUGAUUCAUACUGGAGAGAAGCCCUUUACCUGCUCUGAGUGCGGAAAGGGGUUUUCAGAUGCCAACUACCUUAAGAAGCACAUGAUUUCGCAUACCGCCGGAAGACCGUUUACCUGCUCUGAGUGCGGAAAAGGUUUUUCGACAGAGCGAUACCUUCGAAACCACAUGGCGAUUCAUACUGGAGAAAGGCGCGUUGCCUGCUCCAAGUGUGGAAAAGACUUUUCAGAGUCGAGCUACCUUAAAACCCACAUGAUGAUCCAUACUGGAGAAAAGCCUUUCACCUGCACUCACUGUGGGAAGAGUUUCACCAGUGCCAACACUCUGAAAAAGCACAUCAAGAUUCAUACUGGAGGCAGACUUUAUCACUGCUCCCAGUGCAAGAUGAGGUUCACACUUCUCUCAGAGUUCAAAAUACACCAGCUGAUUCACACCGGAGAGAAGCCUUUCAUCUGUUUUCAGUGUGGACAUAAUUUCUCAACGUUGUUUGACUUUAAUGCCCACAUGACGACUCACUCUGAAGAGGAAACUAGAUUAAUUCAAAAUGCCAACAAGUAGUGACCAAAGAAUGUGCACUAGCCUAAAUACACAGGAACGAGUAACUAUGGCUGCGUUCCCUCACCAGUAGAAGUGGCCCAAACCCGAUCUUUCCCCUCAUGUGAGGCACAGAUGUGUGUCUGUGUGUCAAUGUGAGCAGAUAAACACGCUGAAUCUGACAUUUUCCAUUCUAAUUUGAGCCGCUUUCAUAUGCAGUACUGAAAUCCGAUCCGUAUCCGAUCUGCGGUGAUGCUUCUCCGUCUGAACAGCCAGAUUGGAAUUCAUGCGACUUUUACGUCAGUCCAACUUGACAUUCGUCAUCAUUUCGUGCUGCUGAGAAACAUUUAGGCUGAUGUUUCUGUACCGAAAAACUAGAGGAGACCCAUCACAGCCGCUCCGGGUUUCGAACAAAGUGACCGGAGGAGGUCGCAGCGCCAGAGAACAGUUUAAACAAUCCGAGGACAUGAACCAAAGAAGUGGACCUGGCCGAAUACCGGUCCCUUUUUAUGGUGAACUCGAACACACUGUGGGUGAUGAGCCCAGCUGUCAACCACUGGAGCUUUAUAUUUGCUCCUGUGAUGCUGGUGAAGACGAAACCGGGAGCGACUAAUGUUCGUUAGUCGUCAUGACUGUUUACCUCUGGACGAGCCACGUGAAGCUCUGUUCUUUAGCCUAAGACUUAAAUGACUGGGUAACAUUACUAAAAGGAUGGUUCUUCAAGUGUUCAUUAGGAAAGGAAAUGGUUCUAUGUAGAACCAUGGGCACUUAAAGAACCUUUUCAUGAUUAAAUGGUUCUUUGCAUCAUGAGUGUGUUUCGAUUGACAGGGAAGGGUUACAGGGUUCUGUAUAGUACCAAACAGGGUUUGUAUGUUGUUGCAAGCUUGACAUUGUAACAUAGAAGAACCUGUGUUACUAUAUAGAACCAUUUUUAAAAAGUUUUAUGCAGAGCCAAUAU